AUGCCGACACCGGUAAGCACGGCGAGGCAAUGUCUAACGGAAGAAGCAGUACGUGCGUUAGACGAUGCCGUAGCCGUCGCGCGUAGGAGAAGCCACGCGCAAACGACGUCGCUUCACGCCGUCUCGGGUCUCUUGACGAUGCCUUCGUCGAUCCUCCGCGAAGUGUGCAUUUCACGCGCCGCUCACAGCACACCCUACUCUUCCCGCCUCCAGUUUCGCGCGCUCGAGCUCUGCGUCGGCGUAUCUCUCGACAGGCUCCCUUCCUCGAAAUCACCAACGACGGCAUCGGAGGACGAGGAGCCGCCGGUGUCGAAUUCGCUCAUGGCGGCGAUCAAACGGUCUCAGGCGACUCAGAGAAGGCAUCCGGAGACUUACCAUCUCCACCAAAUCCACGGGAGCAAUCAAACGACGUCGGUUUUGAAAGUCGAGCUCAAGUACUUCAUUUUGUCGAUCCUCGACGACCCGAUUGUGAGCCGGGUAUUCGGCGAAGCCGGGUUUCGGAGCACCGACAUCAAGCUCGACGUGCUUCAUCCUCCGGUGACGCAAUUCUCUUCGCGCUUUCCGCGAUCUCGUUGUCCGCCUCUGUUCCUCUGUAACCUCCCGGAAUCCAAUUCGGGUCGGGCUAGAUUCGGGCUUCCGUUUGGAGUGAGUGGAGGAGAUUUCGACGAGAAUUGCAGGAGGAUCGGCGAAGUUCUGGGUCGGAAAGAGAAGAAGAAUCCGUUACUGGUUGGGAUUUGCGGUGGUGAAGCUCUAAAAACCUUCACCGAUUCGAUUAACAGAGGAAAAUUAGGGUUUUUGCCUCUGGAGAUUAGCGGAUUAAGUGUAGUUAGUGUAGAGAAAGAGAUUAGCGAAAUGAAACUCGACGAAUUAGGGAGAAUCGUUGAGCAAAACUGCUCGAAAUCGAAAUCUGGCCUUGUUCUGAAUCUCGGAGAUUUCAAGAUCUUAACCAGUGAGGAAUUUUCCGGUAAUGCUCUCGUCUCGAAGCUCUCGGAUCUGUUGAAGCUUCACCGUGAAAAGCUCUGGUUCAUCGGAAGUGUGUCGAGCAACGAGACGUAUUUGAAACUGAUGGAGAAGUUUCCGACGAUCGACAAAGACUGGAAUCUUCAUCUUCUUCCUAUUACAUCUUCGUCUCAAGGUGUUUAUCCAAAAUCAAGUUUGAUGGGAUCGUUUGUACCAUUUGGAGGGUUUUUCUCAUCAGCAUCAGAUUUCAGAGUACCGUAUAGUAACUCAAUGAAUCAGACUCUGCCUCGGUGUCAUCUCUGCAACGAGAAGUACGAGCAAGAAGUCACAUCCUUUGGCAAGUCUGGCUCGAGUCCGGAUGAUCAGUCUUCAGAGACGUUACCUUCUUGGUUACAAGACAAAGGGAUUCUCAAAAAGGCUAAAGAUGAUCCAAACGCAUCAGACUCUCGAGUCCAGGCUCUGCAGAAGAAAUGGGACGACAUUUGCCAAAGAAUCCAUCAAACUCCUGCGUUUCCUAAGCUCAGUUUCCAGCCCGUUAGACCGCAGUUUCCGCUUCAGCUUGUUUCUUCAAGCCAUGGCAUGGUGACUCAAGCGCAGAGUCCGCCACAACAACUCUCGAAACCGAAACAACAGACAGAGGAGGAUCUCACGAGCCUCGCAACGAACUCGCCGUUGAGCUGUGUGACAACAGAUUUAGGGCUGGGAACAAUCUACGGUGUGAUCAAAGAGAAGCCAUUGUUGGCGACGGCUUCACGGCAUUGCAAAGAUUUCAAGUCUUUAAGAGAGUUGCUGUCUCGGAAAGUCGGUUUUCAGAACGAAGCUGUGGAUGCCAUCAGCCAAAUCAUUUGCGGAUACAGAGAUGAUGAGUCAAGGAGAAGAAGAAGCCACGUAGCUUCAAAUGGAACAGCCACAAGUAGUAGUAGUGUUUGGCUCACUCUUCUUGGACCAGAUAGAGUAGGGAAGAAGAAAGUAGCAUCAGCUCUUGCUGAUAUCUUCUGCGGCGGGCAAGAAAACUGCAUUUGCGUGGAUUUCAAGGCACAGUUUAGUCUUGACGAUAGGUUCAGAGGCAAAACGGUGGUUGAUUACAUUGCCGGGGAAGUGGCAAAGCGUGCGGAUUCUGUCGUUUUCAUCGAGAACGUGGAGAAAGCAGAGUUCCCUGAUCAGAUCAGAUUGUCUGAUGCUGUGAGAACUGGAAAGCUCCGUGACUCGCACGGCAGAGAGAUCAGUAUGAAGAAUGUUAUAGUUGUUGCUACUACUUCAGGGACUGAUAAAGACAGUGAUUGCCAUGCACCUGUCAUGUAUUCAGAGGAGAGAGUUCUCAAUGCUAAAAGCUUGAAACUUCAGAUAAAACUAGCCGACGACAAUGCUUCGAAUGUGAACAAGAAUGGUGUGAAUAAGAGAAGACCGGAGGAGUCAGAAACAGAGGUUACAGAGCUUCGAGCCCUUAAGUCUCAACGUUCGUUUCUCGAUCUGAAUCUUCCCGUGGAUGAGACGGAAGCAAACGCAGAUGAAGCGAAUGUAAUGUCCGAGAACACGGAAGCUUGGCUUGAGGAUUUUGUCGAGCUUGUAGAUGGGAAAGUGACGUUCAAGGUAAUUGACUUUGAUGGGUUAGCGAAGAACGUGAAAAGGAACAUCCUUUCGCAGUUUCAUCGGUGCUUUGGAGCUGAAACACAUCUAGAGAUCGAAAACGAUGCAACCCUUUUGAUUCUAGCUGCCUUAAGAUGGUCAUCAGAUGAAGAGAGAGCUUUCGAUCAGUGGCUGCAGACUGUUCUUGCUUCAAGCUUCGUUGAAGCGAGACAAAAGUAUUAUUCUUUAACUUCGUCUUCUUUCUCUGUGAAACUUGUCGCCUCUAGAGAUUCUACGGCUGAAGAGGAAACCACCGGAAUACAGUUUCCGGAGAGAGUGGAAGUGAUCUGA